AACAUAAGGGCUGCCAAGGUAAAACCUCAGGAAAGCGCAUGUUAGAAGCUCCAAUCUCGCACGUCAUUCACUACAAAUCCCUCCAAAACCCUCAGACAGGCGCACUAACUAUAGUCUUCCUCCGGCGAAAUGUCAGUCGCCGUUUCAGGCACCGGCGAAGAUAACGGGGCCGCUUUGGUUCCGUACUCGAACGAGGCUAAGAAGCCAGUGGUCUAUCCUCUUCGACACGGCCUGAGGCCGCCAAUCUCUCGGCUUGCUAUCUCAUGGUCCCGAGGCAACACUCUUCGUGUCUCAGUUUUCCGGAAACCAUCUCCAUCCGAAGAUUCUGGUGAUGAAUGUGGAGGUAAAGUGGUAGAGUUGCGGCUUGGCAAUGAAGGCGGAGAGAUCAGCGACGCGCAGUGGAGAAGAAUAGCGUACGGGUCGGUCUCUCCCUUUGCUCUUCUUCAGAGUCGAAGAAAUUCUGUCUCUAGCUUGUCAAAGAUGUCCUUUAAUUCGUCGCCGUAUCACGUAGAAUGGUGGGAGUAUGUAUUGGAGUACAGCAAGGACCUAAGUUUACUUCUUAGUAAUUCACAGUCACCUCCUCCAUCUCUAAUUGAAGAUCCAAAGGUUGUUUUAAAGAAAGUUGAUGAGCCAACCUGUUUGAAGGCGGCAUGGGAGCUGAUGGAAGUAUUUUAUGCUGACAAGCUUUCUCAAGCAUGGCUACCUGAACGUCUUGUUGAUUGGUUAGCUGUUUAUGAAAGCCUCUUCUCAGGCACACAAGUGACGGUCCAUUCUAAACUUGUGGAUUUUCAAAAGGACCUUAUCAGCCUACAGGUAAUUGAGGAUGAUCCCAAAUAUUGGGAAGUUAUGUCAUCAGCACUAGCAAUUGGUUGGCUGGAGAUUGUGGUGAAAUUGCUGCGCUUACAUGGAUCUUAUCAGAUAGAUCAGCUUGGGAAUCGUGAGACAGAGAAUGGCCUGGUAGAGGCAGUUGCCGUGCUUAUUUCAAAAAUGCCCCGCAUGCGUCCAGAACUGGAAACUGGAAAACUGGGUGAAUGCUAUAAAGCUAAGCCUGAUUUUAUCAAGGCAUGGGAGAAAUGGCGGACACAAAUAACUAAGCUGGAAUGUAGUGCAUUUUGGGUUCAGUGUGCUCAUCGUCAAACUCGAGAGGGCCUGAGAAAUAUGCUGCAAAUCAUGUUGGGGAACACUAAUUGUCUCUGCACUGCGACAUGUCAUUGGAUCGAGCUUUAUAUCUCUCACUUUCUAUAUGUCAGGCCAUUCACUGUGGGGUUAGAAAGUAUGUACAGUCUGGCUCAAAAAUGCAUUCAGUUGAAACCAAUGGCCAGUUCCCAUAGUUUGAUGGGACUCAUGAUUGGGAUUCUAGGCGAGAAUAUUGAGGUUGUGUUAGCAGAGUGCUCCAAAGGAUUUGGUCCUUGGAUGGUCACUCACGCCAUAGAGCUGUUGGCUGCUGGGAGCGAUCAAGCAGAUAUUCUUUUGCAUGAAGAGCAUGCUAAGCUCGGUGAGGUCAGCAUGGAGGAGCUCCAUCGACUUGUCUAUGCUCAAGUUUUGGCUUCUCAUGCAUUGACUUGGCAAAUCGCUCCAAUUUAUUUGGCAUCAUGCAUGAAGCAGGGAAUCGGUUUGUUGGAGAUAUUAUUGUACAGGCAACCUGUUUAUCAUAAUCAGUUGCUACUUAAGAGUAUAGAGAUAUGCCGCCUAUAUGAACUUGACAGUGUUAGUUCAAACAUUAUGAAGAUUGCUGGAAUGUACCACUGGAAGCAUGGCAGGAAAGGUUCUGGAAUUUUCUGGCUUCAGCAAGCUCGAGAUGAAGUUCGGCUUAACAGGAUCGCUCAGCAGAUGUUUGAUUCAGUUGGAAAGUCUAUCUCUGACGAAAAUUUCAGGCAAUGGGAAGGUUUAAUUCAAUUGUUGAGUUCUGAAUCUAAGACUGUUGGAGGUCUUGACUUUCUACACAAGUACAGAGAUUUUAAGAAAUCUCUUAUGCAGAUUCAUGAUGGAAAAACUACAGAUACUGCUUGCCAAGCUGUAGAAUCGCUUAUAUCACUUAUGAAAAAUCCAUCUACACCUCAGCGCUUCUGGUUGCCUCUUCUCUAUGAUUCGUUGAAACUGCUUACCUGGCAAGAGAGGCCCCUGCUAAACGUCGUGCAGACGAAUCUUUUGUUGAAUAAACUACAAGAAUUAUCCAUGGCAAGGCUAAGGCCAGACUACAUUGAAGCCGACCUGCCACCCAAGGCAUUGAGCUCUGUUAGAUUAGCUCUCGCAACAAAUCUUGGACGUGCCAUCCUGGAAGAAUAAUUGUCCCAGUAAACUCUUUAUGGUAAGUGAUCUGGAAACAGUCCUUAAUCCUGGCUAUAUCUUUAUAUAAGGUCAGGUUCCUGCAUCCAUAUAUAUCAUUGCUGAAGAAAAUGAAAAUUAUGAAAUUGUUAAUCCUUCUACAUUUUAAAUUUGUGUAAGAAACACGAUGAAGCACAUGCUUUUAUUAUAAAAUAUGCAUAUGAAUGUUAUUUAU